CUCUCUCCUCUUCCUCUCUCUCUCGCUUGAACUCUCACAUAUGUGAUAUGACUGUAUUUAUUCACUCGCUUAACUCUCGUGUAUAAGUGUGUAUUUUUGCUUUGUGUGUAAAAAUAUAUAUGUUCAUGAUCUUGGUUUAGUUAAGAUAAUGGGGCAUAAGAAGCGUAGUGUAGCACGUACUAAACACUCCCCGGCUGUUGUUUCCGGUGGUUCUGACGCCGGUGACGUCAGCCCUUGCUUAGUAGAUGAAACUCAACAAAACCCUAAUUUCUGUUUCAAGAAUAAGCAAGCAGAGAAGCAAGUAGAGGUUGUUAAGAGAGUGGAAGAGCCCUCGGGUGAGAUUAAGUUAGAAUGCGAGAGAGCUUUGAAUGUUCUUAAUAGAGGGAACCAUGCAAAAGGCCUUAGGUUAUUGAAGGAGUUGUGUUGUAAGAAUUUGAGGCCUGUCGAUUUAGGGCUGGUUUAUCGGGUUCAAGCCACUGCUUGUGUUAAGGCUGUGAUGAUGUUAGAUGAUGUUGGAAGGAAGGCGAAGUUUGUUAGGAAUGCGAUUGAGAGUGCUAGGAAGGCGACAUUGGUGGUGCCUAAUUCGGUUGAGUAUGCUUUAUUUUACGCCAAGUUGUUGUUCGAGGAGGCUGAUGAGGCUAAGGAGUAUAGUGAGGUGUUUGAAGAGUGUGAGCGUGCAUUGGGGGUGGAGAAUCCGGUUGAUCCUGCUUUGACGAGUUUGCAGGAGGAGAGUCAUUUGAAGAUGUUGGCGGCUGAUGUGAGGAUAAGUCUUGUGCAGAAUGAGUUGCGGGGUUUGAUGCAGAGAGCAAACAUUGGGUCGAUUACCACGUUUGUGAGGCAUUUAGGGAAUGAGGAACACAAGGCUUAUCUUGUUCCUGUGAGGAAUGGUGUAGAGGAUCCAAUGGAUGUGGGGUUGGUUCAAGCGAAGAAAUGUAAUGAGAUUAAGAAGGCGAUCAAGACACACGAGGAGCGGAGGAAAGAGAUUGAAGUGCGUGUCGCUGCUGCGAGGCUGUUGCAGCAAAAGAGUGAGUCACUGGUUGAUCAGGAUGACAGUGACGAAGUUUUAGAUAAGUCUACAGGUCCUGGGCGGGGAAAAGGUGAACGGAAAAAGGGUGGCAAUACAAAGAAAAAUGCUUCUUCUGCUGAGUGGAAGGACUAUGUUCAGUCCUAUUGGAAUUCCAUGAGUUUAGAGAUGAAAAUAAACUUACUCAAGAUAAACGUGUCUGAUAUUAAGACUCAUUUUAGUUUGUCAAAUGAUGCCCAGGCUUACGAAGUCCUUUCAGAAGCUAUAUCAUUUGCUGAAGCUAAAAUGCAGUGGAGGUUUUGGGCAUGUUGCAGAUGCAAUGAAAAAUUUACCGACUCCGAGUCACAUCUACACCAUGUUCUGCAGGAACACUUGUGCGAGCUGUCACCAGAGAUGCAAUCAGUUUUGCCUCGAAAUGUUAGCGAUGAGUGGAGUGACAUGCUUCUCAAUUGUUCUUGGAAGCCAUUGGACGUCAUUGCUGCUGUUGAGAUGCUCAAUAAACAAUCAAAUCCCAUAGAUCCAAAUUUCAUUUAUGAAUCAUAUGAGAAUGAUAUGGAUGAACAUGCAGACUGUUUUGUUGACAGUAGCAAUUCUGAAAAUGUAUGUGAUUCAGCCCCGCAAGAUGAAGAAAUGUUUGACAGAUUUGAGAGCAAAGGUCAGGAUAAUAUUUCAGACAGUAUCUGGGGAGAAUGUAAUGAAAAUUCAGGUUGCAAGACAACUUUUGGACCUGGUAGCUGGCCGUUAUCUGACAAUGUUGUGUGUGCCAAGCUCCUUCAGAAAAUUGGUUCUGUACUACAACUUCUUGUCAAGCACAAGUGUCUAGCUGAAUGUCAUCUCAGUAAGAUAACACAUUUCGCUAUGACUGAAUUGCAGAAAGUUGUCUCUGUUUCUCUGCUUCUUAAUUAUGGUGUGGUUCAAGAACCACUAUGCAUUUGCUUUUUGAGAGCUCCUGAGCUGAAGAAAGUAUUACAAUUUUUGCAAGAGCUAUCUGAUUCUUAUGGAAUAGAUCUGCAGUCUGAGAAAAAUAAUCUCCAGGAUGAUUCAAACAGUGACAUUCAAGCUGAUACCACACAAAAGGUAGUUCUUGAUGGGUUGAACUCAUUUCUGUUAUCGAACGAGAAUUUCAUGCCUUGCAAAGUCUCUCCAAGCAGAUCUGAUGAUGCUGUUACAGAUGGUGCAGUUUCAACUGUUUCUGCAAGUGUUGCCAAUGUGAAUAGAGUUCUUGAUGCAGAUGCCUUGUUGUCAUGGAUUUAUACAGGUUCAGCUAGUAGGGAUCAUUUGAAUCAUUGGAUGCAUACAAAAGAACAGAAAGCAAAUGAAGGGAUGGAAAUCCUUCAAAAUUAUGAAAAGGAAUUUCAACAAUUGCAGACUUUAUGUGAGAGGAAGCUUGAGCAUUCAGCUCAUGAAGAAGCAUUGCAGUCUAUAGAGGAUAUAUGUAUUAAAGAAGGUAAGAGAAGGGUUCAUGCAACUGCUUUGAAUUGUCAUAGUUAUGUGCCUGUGUUAAGGAAGCGGCAAGCAGAGCUCACUGAAAGUGAAAAUGAUUUUAUGCCUAUCGCUAGCAGGAUUGAGUUGAAUGUAAUAUCUAAUAUUCUUAGAGAAGCAGAAUCUUUGCAUGCCAAUCAGUUCAACCUUGAAGAUUUUUUAGAGGGUUUGGAUAGUGAUGUUUCUAUCAUAGUACCUGGUGAAGAAAACAAAAGGAUGAUGAAAAAGUCUCUGCAUCAAAUAGACUCCUGGAUUUUGGGUGAGAUUCAGAGACUGAAAGAACAGUCAUCUGAUGAGUUCAACAAAUCUGAAGACAAGAUUUCACAAAUUGUUGCUAGGAUGUAUAAUCUAAAAGUUCAGCUUGGGCAUGCAUCUUCUCAUGAUUAUCGAUUGAUAGUAGUACCUCUCAUGAAAUUAUUCAUCCGGGCACACUUGGAGAAUAUAGCAGAAAAGUAUGCCACGAAGAAAUCUGAUGCUGCUAGAGAAGCGUUUUUAGCAGAACUUGCUCUAGAUUCUAAAAAACACAUUGUCAAUGGAAACGAUAUUUCGAGACAUGACAAGUCUAAGGAGAAGAAGAGGAGUAAAGAUUGGAGAAAAACAAAGGAUGUCAAGGCUACUGCUAGCAAUGAGCUUCAUAAUCAUCCUCAGAAUAUUGCUGAAUCCAUCAGUUCUGUGCCAGUUGAAUGUGAUAAAGGCCAUCUUGAUCAUGAAACCGUUGUUGAUGGGAGUGGUGUUGACUUGGCUUAUAAGGAAGAACUUAAACUUGAAGCUGAGGUAAAAAAGCUCGAAGAAACUUUAGAAUAUCAAAUGAUGAUAGAAAAUCAGGCUAAACAGAAACAUCUGGCUGAGAAACACAAAAGUUCUGCCAUGAAAACUUUAGAGAAGAAUGCAGCACUUGACCUGCCAGAUAAUAAUAUUAUAAACAAUGAUAAUGAUAAGCACGUGUCUGGAAAAAUGAUGAACUGUUGGCAGGUUCCCUUGUGUCAGAGGCAGAGGAAUGGAUUAUGGGACGGUGCAGGACAUGUGCUAGGAGAGACCAGCGAUGAAGCAUCCCUGAAGAUUUGUGUCACCCACAACAAUUAUAGUGGUCACAUAAUUAAACAAAGCUAUGGAGUUGGAGAUGAUGGUUCUGCGGGUUUUGAUCAAUGGAGAGGAAGGAAAGGUAGACGUGAGAAAAAUUCAAACAAAAUAGCUGAGGGGAAGUAUCAAUCUUUGCCGAUUGAAAAACUUAAAUUAAAUGACAGACUACAUGAUGAUGCUUAUUUGGUGAGUGGAACAAAAUCACUGAGACAAUUGCGUUCGGAGGAGCACGAGGAGGAAAGGUAUCAGGCUGAUCUUAAAAGAGCUGUCUGCCAGAGCCUUGAUGAAGCUGAAGUUUACGGCACAGGGCUGAAGAAUGAAGCUGGUGAAUAUAAUUGUUUCAUAAAUGUUAUAAUACAGUCUCUGUGGCACAUAAGACGUUUCCGAGAGGACUUCAUGAGAAGAUCAGCAUUAGGGCAUGUUCAUGUUGGUGAUCCCUGUGUUAUAUGUGCUUUAUAUGACAUUUUCAAGGCUCUGAGCUUGGCAUCUUCAAACUUGAGGAGGGAGGCUGUUGCUCCUACUUCUUUAAGGACUGCUCUCAGCAAUCUAUAUCCUCAAAGUAAUUUCUUCCAGGAGGCUCAGAUGAAUGAUGCUUCAGAAGUACUGGGAGUCAUAUUUGAUUGCCUUCAUUGGUCAUUUACUUCUGGAUUUGGUGUUUCUGAUACUGAAUCAAUUGAAAGUAAUGGCAUGGGCUCCUGGGAUUGUGCAAAUCAUGCUUGUGUGGUACACUCUCUUUUUGGUAUGAAUGUUCUCGAAAGUUUGAAUUGCUCUAAUUGUCGACUGGAGUCAAGAGAGAUGAAGUACACAUCUUUCUUCUAUAAUAUUAAUGCCAGUGCUCUCCGCUCGAUGAAGGUUAUGCAUCCAGAGAGCUGCUUUGAUGAGCUUCUAAGCCUUGUUGAGAGGGAUGACCAAUUCAUGUGUAACCCGGAGGUUCAAGGCUGUGGAAAAUUUGGCCACAAACAUCUUAUUCUCUCUACUCAGCCACAUGUUUUUACAACAGUUCUGGGGUGGCAGAAUACAUGUGAGAGUGUUGAUGACAUAAGAACAACAUUGGCGUCUUUAGCUACAGAGAUUAAUAUUGGCGUUCUUUACAGCGGCCUUGAUCCAAAGAGCAGGCACAGAUUGAUUUCAGUGGUCUGUUAUUAUGGGCAACAUUAUCAUUGUUUUGCUUACCGUCAUGAUCACAAACGCUGGGUUAUGUACGACGAUAUAACUGUCAAGUUAAUUGGUGGUUGGGAGGAUGUUAUUACCUUGUGUGAAAAAGGGCAGUUGCAACCUCAGGUUCUUUUCUACGAAGCUGUAAACUAGUUUCACCUAGACGGGAUUACUUCUUGUGCACUAGAUAAGUAGAUAUUUUGGAGGUACAUUUGGCUCAACAUACAAUCUUGGAAUGGCAUGGACAACAAUGAUGUUGCGUGACCAAUUUCAGUUUCUUUUUGAAAAUCUCGUAAUAUGUUAAGAGGUGUAUAAGUUGAAUGUGUAGUUAGAGAUUAUGUUGACAAAGAAUCUUAAAGAUAAAAUUAUUGUUUCCGAAUGCUGAAGAGCUGCACAAGGAGAGAUCAGGAGAACCAAAGUUUUUGUCAAUGGAAGAUCUCUCAGUAUAGUAGGUUGUUGCGGAACAGUGUUUUGGAUGCGAGAGCCUCGUGCCUCGCAUCCAUUCGAAAUAUUCUUGCCUGUUCUUGAAUAUUUUGAAGUACAUGAUGCUGAUUCCUAUCCCGUAGAAUACAGCAGUUGUGCAUGAAAUACUGCUAGAUGUUAGUCUUACCCUGGUGUUUUCUCGAUAUGAAAAUGGUUUUGUAUAGAUGGGUCCUUUAAGUUCUUACUAUCUUACUAUGUGAACUUAUAUCCAUGGAAAUGAGA